ACAAGCAGAUAUUUUUGACUUUUCAGACAACAGAAUUUGUACAGUAAUGUAUUGUCAUCAGGGAUUUUACAAAGACUUGGAGGAAAAAAUUUCCAACAAAGGAACCACAACAUAUAUGUUGUCAAUGAGACAUUUGGAUGCAUUUCCUCUGUAUUAUUAUACACCAAAAACAACAAUAACAUCAAGGAGCAUCUCAAGUGAGUCAACAAGUCAACCAAUUACUACAAAAAUGAUAAAAGUAAAGAAUCAACCAGUCAAACAAUUACUACAGAAAAUGAUAAUAAAAAUAAAGAAUCAACCAGUCAAACAAUUACUACAGAAAAUGAAACAAAAAACAAAGAUGAAACUACAACUGAUAUAAGCUUAACCUCUAUGACAGAGAAAACAAAGCCUGAGUCAUCACUGUAUCUGGAUUUCAAAACACUAGUAAUGAUAAUGGUUGGAAUUACAGCAGCGCUCUUAGGAUUAGGCAUUGUAGUAGUCGUAUAUGUAAUUAUACGAAGAUUCAGAAAGAGACAUAGGACAUCCAGGAAUGUUUAUGUGGAUUCUCCAAAUACUGGUAGUUUACCUCAGGGUUUUUCUGCAGACUCUUUUGGGCUUUCAACUUGGGGAUUUUCUAGAUGCUCUUCUAUUCGAUCAACCACUGUAUCUAGCACUUCAACAUAUCUUCAUCCAUACAACAUGAUUGAUGAAUCAAAGAUGAUUCCUCUACCUCGAAAUGUCUAUCAAAAUGUGGAGACAAUACCACUCCGAGUUAUACAUCCUGAAGACAGUGAUAAUUAGCUUUGGCAUGCUGAUUAAUCCAUACAAACUAGGAUACUGCUGCAAAAUAUCAAUGUAGGAUAACAACUAGGCUUUCAUAGUUAGG